AAGGAUAUCGAAGAGGCAACUGUUGUUUUCUGUAAAUCGAAGCGUCAGGCGAAAUGGUACGCCAAAGACCGACAGACGCUGUUACAGUUCGCUGAGGCACAAGGUCUUAAGCCCGAUUACGGCUGUAGGAGUGGGGCAUGCGGAACUUGCGAAACUAAGCUCGUCAAGGGAGACGUGGAUGGUCCCGAGGGGGAUAGAGAUGGAACGAUCCUCAUUUGCAGUUCAAUGCCUAUGAGUGCAGAGAUAGAGUUGGAGCUAUGA